GGGAUUAUGACGUCGCUACCGGGCGCCAGGCGGACGGCGGGCGGGAGGGGACGCCAUGCUUAGCCGGCUUCAGGAGCUGCGCAAGGAGGAGGAGACGCUGCUGCGGUUGAAGGCGGCCUUGCACGACCAGUUGAACCGGCUCAAGAUGUUGGUUCAUGUUGACAAUGAAGCAUCAAUCAACCAAACAGCACUGGAGUUGAGCACAAGGAGCCAUGUGCCCGAAGAGGAGGAGGAGGAAGAGGAAGAAGAAUCAGAUUCCUGAAGCAGGGUAGGGAAGAACCAAGCUUAGUUACAGGAACUAAGUUACUACAUCUGAGGAACUUUUGUCUCUUCAAAAAAAUUUUCUUUCCAUGGGCCCUCUGGUCGGCUUUAAAAGGAACAAGAACUUUUAAGGUUGUGUAGUCUUGAAAAUGGUUCCAUCAAGAACUCAAGUUUCAGAACACUUUAACAAAAAUUAGUGCCAUGUGGAAAAGCAGACAUGCAGUGUCUUAGCAUUGAGCAAUAAGGGUGGUGCUGUAACUAUUCUGGUCAGAUUUAGUAAUUAUGCUCAAAACAAAGUUUCCUCUAAAAUGCUAUUGAGAAAGUCUGGCAUUUGCACAAAGGGCAGAGUUUAAAUACAAGCCAGCCUUUCCAGUCAGCAAUACCUCUUUUAAGAAAACCAAUUAAAGGUUCUGUGGAUGCCACUGAACUAUUGUGAGCAGAGCAAGGCUGAGGUCUAGGAGAGAAGGAUGACCAGUGAGGAGCCAGAGGGCCACUUGAGAACACAAGCUGCUGCCACCCCUCGGUGGAGCAUGUAGGAACUCUGUACUCUAGAGGGGUUUGUGGGGCUGCCAUCACCUGUAGCUUGAGACAUCACAGUGGAAAAAUGUGCUUAGAAAUAAAGUACAGAUAGGGGAACUUGGGUGGCUCAGUGGUUUAAAGCCUCUGCCUUCAAAUUCAGCUCAGGUCAUGAUCCUGGGGUCCUGGGACUGAGUCCCGCAUCGGGCUCUCUGCUCAGCAGGGAGUCUGCUUCCCCUACCCUCCUGCAUGCCUCUCUGCCUACUUGUGAUCUCUGUCAAAUAAACAAAAUCUUAAAAAAAAAAAAGAAAGAAAGAAAGAAAGAAAAGAAAGUACAGAUAAAGAGCUGUCCGUGCAGCUUUCUGGUUUCCAAAUAGCAACAGAGGAAAGGAUUAGUUCCUCCCCGGGGGCAAAAAAGUAAAGCAGAAUGGUUUAAAACCCAUUUCUGGACUUGGGGAAUGUGCCAUUAAAUCACUGUGCUUGGGAGAUUGGGGUUUUGUAAUGAUGACAGUUACAGAAUAACAGUUGUUAAAAUUUGCUACUUAGAGCUGAGAUUCACUUCUCCAUACCGUCCCUCUUCCAGUGAAUAUACAGUUAUGUAGUUGCUUAAUUUUAUAAAACUAAUUUGCCCUGCCCAAGCAACAGAAAAGCCAAACAAAACAGAAAGAACCUCCUCAAGCAGAACUUGUUCUGUAACCAUUCUAGAAGAGAACAUGAGUGUAUUUAUUAAUCAGCAUUUCAUUAAAAGUUACUUUGAGCUACUCUUAAAUAGAA